AUGUGGCUUGUGUGGGGGCCAGGCCUGCCAGCUGCCGGGCAUUGCUUUGCAAGAAGAGCUCGGGUCCUCUGCAGGUGGUACAGUCAGGCUGCCCAAAGGGACACCAUCUUUGCCUUGUCUUCUGGCCGAGGGAAAUGUGGCGUGGCUGUGAUCCGAACCAGUGGCCCAUCCAGUGGUCUGGCUUUACUCCAGCUGACGGGGACAAACAAGCUGCCACUCUCGCGAUCGGCUGCCUUGCGCCGGAUCUAUGACCCGGAAUCUUCGGAAAUGCUGGACCGGGGCCUUGUUCUGUGGUUCCCAGGGCCUGGCAGUUUCACGGGGGAAGAUGUUGCUGAAUUCCACAUCCACGGUGGGCCAGCUGUGGUGAGCGGAAUCUUGACUGCUUUGGGAUCCCUCCCUCACCUGCGGCUGGCGGAGCCUGGAGAGUUUACCAAACGGGCCUUUCAGAAUGGGAAACUCGACCUGACGGAGGCGGAGGGGCUGGGGGACCUGAUCCACGCUGAAACAGAAGGCCAGCGCCGGCAGGCCUUGCGCCAGAUGGAUGGUGACCUGGGGCGGCUCUAUCGGCACUGGAGUGACGCUCUCACCAAGGCCCUCACCCACAUCGAAGCAUACAUUGACUUCAGCGAAGAUGACAACAUUGAAGAGGGGGUUCUUUCCCAAGUGGAGGCCACGGUGGAGGUUUUGGAGAAGGAGCUGAGGGUGCACUUGCAAGACGGCCGGCGUGGGGAGAGGCUGAGGGACGGAGUCCAUGUCGUGAUAGCUGGGCCCACCAAUGCCGGCAAGAGCAGCCUUCUGAACCACUUGUGCCAGAAGCCAGCAGCCAUUGUCUCCCCCAUGGCGGGGACCACCCGGGAUGUGGUAGAGGCAGCACUGAACAUCGGGGGUUUCCCUGUGGUGCUGAGCGACACAGCUGGGCUGCGGGACACCGAUGACGCCAUUGAGAAGGAGGGGAUGAGCCGAGCUCGUGAGAGGGUUCGUGGCGCUGACCUCCUCCUGGCCGUGCUGGACGCGGCAGAAAUGGCCCAGCAGCCUGGCCGACUGGUGAGCACCCUGCAGGGCAUCCUGCCACCCGCCCAGCAGGACGGGGCCCAGCCGACUCUGCUGGUGCUGAACAAGUCGGACCUGCUCGGCGGACAGAACAGAGCUGCACUCUUGGGGGCCUGUGGCCAGCUGGGCCUCCCUCCGGCUUGCCUGCUGUCCUGCAAAACGGGAGAAGGACUCCCCAGUUUCCUGGACACCUUCAAGGAGCAGCUCAGCCACAUGUGUGGCGACCCCCUGCUGGGUUCCCCCAGCCCCACACAGGCCCGUCACCGGCUCUACCUAACCAAAUGCUUGGAGGCCCUGGGCUGCUUUGGCCAGCACCGGCACCUGGAUCUGGCCCUAGCAGCUGAAGACCUGCGCCAGGCCCGCCGACUCCUCGGGCAGCUGACCGGGCAGGUGGGGGUGGAGGAGAUCCUGACUCUCAUCUUCAGGGACUUCUGCAUUGGGAAGUGAGGGGGAUGGGCGGCUGGCGGGCAACAGUUCUUCAUGCCAGGGGUGUGUGUCCCCCAUCAAGUGGCAGGCAGUUCCAGAGGCUCGGCGGGGGAUGCCUGCUGAGGCCUCAACGCCUGCAGGAGCCAAGAAAGACAAAUGAGGAGACCGUUUUCAUUUGGAAGAAUCGGAUGGUGGCUGAAGUUGUCUUCUGCAGAAGGAGAGGCAGGCUCCCUCCGCCGGACAGAGGUGGUCUGAAGCACAUUUGGGAUGUUGACCACCCAGCUUCUCUUCUGGGGCCUUUUUGGUUUAGGGUAAAAGAGGAGAGGGGGGAAUGUGGUGCUCAGCUGACGGGUAGUAGGGUCAGGAUGGGUACCUGGGGGGAAGGCCGGGACAUAAUGCUAAGUUAACUUCUGGCACUCCAGGCCUCAGGAGCGGGGUCAGGGUCAUAAGAUUAGAUGCAUUUUUUAAACAGGUGGCAUGCAUGUCAUGGAGGGCGAGCCGGCAGCAGCUCAAUGGAAACUCCGUGCUUCUUGGAGGCUGUUCACGAUUGCAGCCGUGAUAGACCUUCUUGGAGGCUGUUCACGCUUGCAGCCGUGAUAGACCUUGCCCUCCACCAACGCUUCCAAAAAGCAUUCUAACCUUGCGCUCGGCAGUUCCACAAGUGCCGUGGCACUUACUGCUGCAGAGACUGGAGGAAACUUUUGACCUUCUGGCCUUUCAGGCCAGGAGGGGUUCACAGGCCCAUUCAGAGCAGGCCUUUUUAGCUCCCCCCCCCCCGGGGAUUGUCCUGUUGCCGGCCAAGAAGUUGGGAGCCGUCUAUGAAAACCUUUUUCCUGCCUGUCGAGAGGUGAGGAAAAGAGGAGCCCUUCCUCUGCAGGCAGUGAGAGGGAGCCGAAGACAGGAACUGGGGGGGCUUCCUCUCGCAGGCGUCUCCUAGCCCAUCCAUCAAUGGGAAGCAGACGUUUCCUUGGGAGAGAGCGGCAAGUGGACACCCCCCCCCCCCCUUUCCCUGUUCCCGGUUAAUGAGAACAGAACCAGGAAGAUAGGGGGCCGGGAAGGGACCCAGUCCAGGGUAGCGGGUAGAGUAGGAUUUGCGGAGGGGGCGUCUUGGGUUCAGGCAUGGGAAAUGCCCGGAGAUUUGGCAGUCUCUCCCCCCCCCAAAGAUGCCA